UGUUGAAAAUUGGAUACAUACCAAAAUGUAACUGUGUUUUUGGAAGUGACUGAAACAACAAACGCUGACGCCAACAAUGGUUGUGAGAGGUUUUUACUUUGAAAACGUAAACCGGAAGCUGCUCUGUAAACGUCUUCAUACUUGAUGCCGAGGGAGACACCCACUUCUAGGACACACACCCCGGCUGUACGCUCGGUCCCUCCUUCCCCACUUGCUAAAUUACCAUCGUGGAGGUCGGAGAACCGCUGCUGGUCCUUGUGCAACAGUUGUUUGUCCUAGCAAGGCUCUGCUCCCGUGUGUGUGUGUGCUGCUGCGGUGGAUGUCCCACAAAUGAUAGAAAAGAAGCUUUCAGGUUGAUUUUCACCUGCAGUAUCACAACAGAGGAAGAUGUCUGAAAGUUAGCAGACCGUGUGGAGGACUCCGUCCCCCCCGCACCUCCACCUGCAGACAUGAACGGUGGCGCCAGCGCGUGGGCCAUCACUCCCGAGGAGCGACGCAAACACGACAGACAGUUUGACACCCUGGCCCCCGUACUCAGCUAUGUCUCUGGUGAACAAGCCCGAGGAUUCUUCCUGCAGUCGGGCCUGCCGUCGUCUGUCCUGGCUGACAUCUGGAACCUGGCCGACAUGGACAGUGACGGCAAGAUGGACAGACAGGAGUUCUCCAUCGCCAUGAAGCUCAUCAAGCUGAAGCUGCAGGGGCGGAGCUUACCCUCAGCCCUGCCUGUGGUCAUGAAGCAGCCUCAUCUCGCCAAUGCCGCCGCCCUCGUCCCGUCGUCGGCCCGCUUUGGGAGGGGCUCUUUGCCAAACCUGUCAGCCACGCCCGUGCUAACACCCGUCCCGGCUAACACCCUCAUGCGACCCCUGGCGCCCACGCCAAUGGCACUGCCUCUCAUCCCCUCGCUGGGACACAACUGCAACCUCCUCAGUCCGCCUUUGCUCCCUAACGCUGCAGGCCUUCCGCUCUCCGGUUUCUCCUCUCCGCUGACGUUUUCGCCACCCAACAGCGUGUCCAAGGCCAACUCUCUUCUGGACCUAGGAUCCAGCAGUUCCAAUUCUUCUUCCACCACGUCGUUGGCCAGUAACUCCCCCAAGACGGCGUCGAGCGACUGGGCCGUGCCACAAGCUUCCAGACUGAAGUACCGUCAGCAGUUCAACACGCUGGACAAGCUGAUGAGUGGCUACCUGUCAGGGCCUCAAGUGAGAAACGCACUGAUUGCAUCCAACCUGACGCAGACUCAGCUGGCUACAAUCUGGAACCUCGCUGACGUGGACAAGGACGGCCAGCUGCGGGCCGACGAGUUCAUCCUGGCCAUGCACUUGGUGGACAUGGCCAAAACCGGCCGCCCGCUUCCGCUCACAUUGCCCCAAGACCUGGUGCCGCCUCCUCUUCGAGGAGGAAUCAAGUCCAUUGAGCUUGUUAACGGCACCGGACCUUACGGUAGUCCUGCUUUAGUCGACCCACUGGAGGUGGAGCCUGUGCAGAAGACGAAGGGCAGCGUAUCCUUCGAGGACAAGCUGAAGGAGAAUUUUGCCCGAGGCAGCGCCGAGCUGGAGAAGCGGCGUCUGGCCCUGGAGGAGGUGCAAAGGAAGGAGCGCGAGAGGAGGGCCAGGGAGGAGAGGGAGGCCCAGGAGCGCAGGGAGAGGGAGGCCCGGGAGCAGGAGAACCGCAGGCGGCUGGAGGAGGAGCGACGCCUGGAGAGGCAGCGGGAGAUGGAGAGGCAACGGGAGGAGGAGAGGCUGAGGGAGCUGGAGAGGAAGGAGGCAGCCAAGCAGGAAUUGGAGCAUCAGCGGCGUGAGCAGUGGGAGCGCAGCAAGAGGGAGGAGCUGAUCAGGAGGCGAGAGGGGGAGCAGCAUGAGAUCUUCCAGCUUCGAGCCAAGAAGAAGAGUCUGGAGUUGGAGCUGGAGGCUGUGGGCAACAAGCACAAACAGAUCUCCCACCGCCUCCGAGACGCUCAAAGCAAGAGGAGGAUCCAGAAGGCGGAAGUGGACCUCAUCAAUCAGAAUAGAGACGAGCGCAUCGCGGAGAUCAACACCCUGCAGCUUCAGUUUGAGGAAUGGCAGAGGAAGCUCUCCUUGCUGGUUCCUGAGCAGCGGAAGCUGGCCGAGAAGCUGAGGAACAUAAACCUCAGCAAAAUGUCACCGGCGAUGUUGGCCUCGCUGGCCGUGAACGUGGCCGACAAAGGCGCCAACUGUCGGAAACUAAAAGAUCAGCUCGACGCUCUGGAGAAGGAAACCACCGACAAGCUGGCCCAGAUGGAGCAGUACAACAAGGACCUGAAGCUUGAGGACAUGGACGACUGUCUCCUGCGGGGUCUUCUGUCUCUGCUGGCUUGUCUCAGCCAGCUCUUCCUUCUCAUUAAGGAGCUGAGGGACAAGCAGGCCAAGCAGCAGUCCAUCCUGGACAACCUGCACAGGGUCAAAGAGGAGAAGCUGCGGGAGCUGCAGGUACGCAAGGAGGAACGGGAGCGCCAAUGGCGAAGGGAGGAGGAGGAGCGAGAAAGACACAGGAAGGAGGAAGAAGAGGAACGAGAAAAGCGGAGGAAGGAGGAGGAGGAGGAGGAACAAGAAAAGCGGAGGAAGGAGGAGGAGGAGGAACGAGAAAAGCGGAGGAAGGAGGAGGAGGAGAAACGAGAAAGGCGGCGGAAGGAGGAGGAGGAGCAUGAAAGACGGAGGAAGGAGGAAGAGAAUGCGGCGGCCAGACGGGCAAAGCUGGAGGAGGAGGAGAGGAGGAAGAGGGAAGAGGAGCGGGAGGAAGAGGGGAGAAGCAGAAAAAGGGAGGAGGAAGAGGCCAGAAGGCGAAAGGAGGAGGAGGAGAGGAAAUCCUCCAAGGUGACUCUUUACAAAGCCUUGUACUCUUUCUCGGCUCGCAACAAGGAUGAGCUGAGCAUUGACGCCGAGUGCCUCAUAGAGGUGGACGAGCAGACUAAAGGCGAGCCCGGGUGGCUGUGCGGCAGUUACCGUGGCAACAGAGGCUGGUUCCCUCACAGUUAUGCGGAGAAAUGCGCUGGCCCCGCAUCCCACGGGCCCCCCUCCCCUGGACAGCCACAACUGCCUAAUUCCAGAAUCCCAGAUGGGUGUGAAAUAUCAGGAGACGGCGUCCUUCCUGUCCCAUUGGACACAUGCCAGUUUGCGACGCCUCUCUUGGCUCGGGUCAUCUCCCCCUGGUCUCCCGGCCCCUCUGAAACCCACCUCCCGCUGGGCGAGGGUGAUGUCAGCAAAGUGCCACUCAGCUUGUCGCAGGGCGAUGUUGUCAACGUGCUGCAGCAGAGGGACGACUGGUGGUUGGGGCAGCUGAAGGGGAAGCAGGGAUGGUUUCCCCGAAGUUGCGUUGCUGUGGAGGCGGUCGCCAAUGCAGACAUGGACACACUGGACGUCGGCGAGUGCGCUCGGCUGGAAGAAUACGUGGCCCUGUACACGUACGAGAGCCCGGAAGCGGGAGACCUGACCUUUGAAGAGGGCGAUGUUGUCAUGGUAACCGAGCGUGAAGGGGAGUGGUGGCGAGGAUGCAUCGGCGACCAAAGCGGAGUCUUCCCGUCCAACUAUGUCAGGCCUGUGGAACCAGAGGUAUCGAGACCUGGGGGACCAACUAGGAAGCCUGAGAUCGCCCAGGCCGUCACCGCCGUCUUAGCUGCAACAGGGCACCAUCUGCAUCUCUACCCGGGGCAGCUGAUCGUGGUCCUGGCCAAGAACUCCUCCGGGUGGUGGCUGGGAGAACUGCAGGCUCGAGGCAGGAAGCGUCAGAGAGGCUGGGUUCUGUCCUCCUUUGUCAAACUUCUGGGACCCUCCAGCAACAAGUCAUCCCCCUCACCCCUGCCAGUGUGCCAAGUCAUCGCCAUGUACGACUACACGGCCACCAACCGUGAUGAGCUCAGCUUCUCCAAAGGUCAGCUGCUCAGCGUCCUGGACAAGACCAACCCCGACUGGUGGAAGGGGGAGGCCAACGGCGUCACAGGCCUGCUGCCCACCAACUACGUCAAGAUGACCACCGAAUCGGACCCCAGCCAGCAAUGGUGCGCUGACCUGAUGACCCUAGACACCAUGACCCCCCAGGAACGGAAGAGGCAGGGUUACAUCCAUGAGCUCAUCCACACUGAGGAGACCUACGUGGAAGACCUUGAGCUGGUGUUGGAGGUGUUCUACAAGCCCAUGUGUGACUGUGGUCGUCUGACAGAAGGCGAGGUGGGGGUGAUCUUUGUCAACUGGAGAGAGCUGAUCAUGUGUAACACUAAACUCCUCAAGGCGCUGCGCGUCCGCAAGAAGACGGGUGGAGAGAACAUGCCCGUCCAGCUGAUCGGCGACCUGCUGGCGUCCGAGCUGACGCACAUGCAGCCGUACAUCCGCUUCUGCUCCUGUCAGCUCAACGCCGCCGCGCUGCUGCAGAGCAAAACGCACAACCAGCCCGACUUCAAGGACUUCCUCAAAAAAAUCGCCACUAACUACCGCUGUAAAGGAAUGCCGCUGUCCAGCUUCCUCCUGAAGCCCAUGCAGAGAAUCACACGCUACCCUCUGCUCAUAAAGAACAUCCUGGAGCACACCCCUGACCAUCACGCUGACCACGCCGCCCUGAGAGAGGCGCUGGAGCGGGCCGAGGAGCUAUGCUCUCAGGUCAACGAGGGGGUCCGGGAGAAGGAGAACUCGGACCGCCUGGAGUGGAUCCAGAGCCGUGUGCAGUGUGACGGAGCCAUCGAGCACUUGGUGUUUAACUCACUGACAAACUGCCUGGGCCCACGCAAGCUCCUCCACAGCGGCCGUCUGCAUAAGUCCAAGAGCAGCAGAGAACUGUGGGCCUUCCUCUUCAACGACUUCCUCCUCCUCACGCACGCCACCAAGACCUUCUCCUCCUCCGGUCCAGACAAGCUCUUCAGUCCCAAGAGCAGCAUGCAGCUGAAGAUGUACAAGACGCCGCUCUUCCUCAACGAGGUUUUGGUAAAAAUGCCGGCUGACCCUUCCAGCGACGAGCCGCUCUUCCACGUCUCGCACAUCGACCGAGUCUACUCGCUCAGGACCGAGACCUUGAAUGAAAGGGCCACAUGGGUGCAGAAAAUCAAAGCGGGGUCGGAGCAUUUCAUCGAGACAGAGAAGAAGAAAAGGGAGAAGGCGUAUCAAGCUCGCUCGCUGAAGACCAGUGGCAUCGGCAGGCUGUUGGUGACCGUCUCCGAGGCUCAGGAGCUCAAAGCCUGCAAGCCCAACGGAAAGAGCAACCCUUACUGCGAGCUGACCAUGGGGGCUCAGUGCUACACCUCCAAACCCGCCGGCAACACCCUCAACCCCAAGUGGAAUUUCAACUGCCAGUUCUUCAUCAAAGACCUCUACCAGGAUGUGUUGUGCAUCACCGUGUUUGAGAAGGACCAGUUCUCACCGGACGACUUCCUGGGCCGCACUGAGGUUCCCGUGGCGACCAUCAAGAAGGAAAUGGAGAGCAAAGGGGCCGCCAGUCGCCGUCUGCUGUUGCAUGAAGUCCCCACUGGAGAAGUCUGGGUUAAGCUGGACCUGCAGCUCUAUGAGCCACCCAAAUAAGACAAACUUGAGGCAAUAGUGGCAAAAACAGACUUCAAAGUGCCUUUACAUACUAUCUACUGCAAGCCUUUCAGUGUGAAUAGAAUUGCCAAUCACUGGAAUCUUAUUUUCUCCAUACAAAGAGCCUGUGGACAUGAUGAAUGGCCAGAAUAAAUUGUUCAUACAGUUUUCGGGAAACAUUUGU